AUGACCGACUCUCGACUAUACUCCUUCUCCCCGGAGACGAAGGAGCAGCUGCGCAAGUUCCGUCUCACUACCUCGCGAGCCAAGGACCCGCAAGCUAUCAUCUAUAUCAUCGACGCUAAGAACCAGGAGAUUCGCGCCCAGGAUGGCGAAGUCUACAGCAAGAUGGAGGACCUGGCUGACGACCUCCCUGAAUCCUCACCGCGGUUCAUUCUUCUCAGCCAUCCCUUGACACUGGGAGAUGGCCGUCUCUCCGUCCCUUACGUUAUGCUUUACUAUCUCCCUGUGAACUGCAACCCGUCACAGCGCAUGAUGUACGCUGGCGCCGUGGAGCUGAUGCGUAAUACCGCGGAGGUCAACCGGGUGAUUGAGGUUCAUGAGGAGGAGGAUAUCACCUCCAUCAAAGCCCAGCUGGGCGGCACCGACUAA